UGGCCUCAUUAUUUGAAUUAUAACUCAAACUGAAUUUACUUGAUCUAAACAAUACUUAGUGUUUGUUCUCUUCAGCUUAAUUUCAGUUCAAUUCAGUUUCUAAUUUCCUUCUUUUAUAGCAAUUCAUUUCAGCUCUAUUCAGAUGAGUUCAACUCAGCUCCAAUCAUUUCAGUUUAGUUCAGCUCGGUUUAGUGAAUCAAAACAGACACUUAUUGAGUUUUUUUUUUUCAUCUCUUUAAUAAAAUAAUAUCAUCUCGCCUCUUAUAUGUUUUUUCCUCCCAUAAAGUCACUCAUUUUCAUUGAGAAAAAAAAAAAAUACUCUAGUAAAGUUUUGAAGCCAAGGCCAUUGCAAAAUCUCCCAUAAAGAAAUAAGCAGCACAAAUAAAAAAAGAAAGGGAAAAAGUAACCACCCUAGUCCCUGGUAAGGCCACAGUAGUAUAAAAGAGUAAACAAACCCAUAUUUAAGAAAGAAAAACAAAUCAGAGAGAAACCUAAGAAAAGCAUCCCCUGAAAAAAUGGAGGAUACAAACCCAAUGCUAAUGACCAAAGAAUCCAAUUACAACAACAAUGAUAACAAUAAGCUACCAGAAAGUCCAAGGUUACCGAUGGAAUUUCUGUCAAGAUCAUGGAGUUUACCUGCUCUUCAACUCUCAAAAGCUCUUUCUCUCUCUCUUCCUUCUUUAGUCUCCAAAACUGUUGCUCCCUGUAAUACCCCUCCUAUCUUUGAAGAAGAACAUCAUUCUCUAGUUUUUCCUGCUGAACAAGAUGAUCAAAAGAGGCUUAUUUCUGGGAAUUCUUUCUCUUUUGCUUCUUCUGCUACUUCUCAGCUUGUUCUUGAGCGCAUCAUGUCUCAAUCUGAAGUGUCACCAAUGACAUCAGGAAGGCCUUCAUGUAGUGAGCCACCAAAUGGAAUUGGAGGCCAAAGUUUCUCUGCUUCUUCUCUUACUCCUGAAAUGUUUGACAGCCCUACUGAUCCUAUUUCUCCUCCUGUGGAUUUUGACAAGUAUCUGAAUAACAGUAGUACCCCACAACCUCUUUUACCUCCCAUCCGUGUGGGUCCUAGAAGUGGUGGUACCACUCCUUGUGCUGGUGGUUCUGUUGGGGGUAAGACAGUAGGAAGGUGGCUGAAGGAGAGGCGUGAGAAAAAGAAAGAGGAGCUGCGAGUGCACAAUGCACAACUCCAUGCAGCAAUUUCCGUGGCUGCAGUUGCUGCAGCUGUGGCAGCAACUGCGGCUGCAACUGCUGCAGCAUCUGGAUCAUCUGGGAAGGAUGAACAGGCAGAGCAGACUGACAUGGCAAUGGCUUCAGCUGCUACUUUGGUGGCUGCACGGUGUGUGGAGGCUGCUGAGGCAAUGGGAGCAGAGAGAGAACAGUUGGCUACUGUAAUUAGUUCUGCUGUUAAUGUUCAAUCCCAUGGCGAUAUCAUGACUCUCACUGCUGCUGCUGCAACAGCUUUAAGAGGGGCAGCAACUCUGAAGGCAAGGACAAUGAAAGAAGUAUGUAAUAUAGCAGCAGUCUUACCCGUCGAGAAAGGUAUAAAAGGUGAGAAUAGGCACAGUCGAAAUGGUAGCUACAAUGGCGAGCCUGAUCUGCAAGGUGAAAACUUUCUUGGUUUAUGCAAUGAAGAACUACUUGCCAGGGGCUCCGAGCUUCUCAAACGCACUCGAACUGGUGAUCUUCACUGGAAAGUUGUCUCAGUAUACAUCGACAAAACAGGCCAGGUUGUGCUCAAAAUGAAGAGUAGACAUGUAACAGGAAUUACCAAGAAGAAAAAAAAGAUACUGAUGGAAGUUUGCAAAGACUUGCCAGUAUGGCCAGAGAGGAGGUCCAUUGAAUCUGGAGGAGAAAAACGACGUUACUUUGGGCUAAAGACAGCCACACACAGAGUAAUCGAGUUUGAGUGUAAGAGUCAGCAGGAGUACGAUGUAUGGACUCAGGGUGUCUCAAGGCUGCUCUCCUUGGUCAAUGAAAAGAAGAAAACCAAUGCGUGUCCAAGAAACAAUAUUUACUGGAAUUAGACGAAUGGACUUAAAGUAUGAGAGCUAAUACAGAUAGAGUAAGCUAUUUUGGUCAGAUCUUUUUUGCUUCGUUUUGUUGAUAUGGUGUUCAUAAUGUAUGAAGGCUUUAAGUGAAUUAAGUGUUGUGGGAAGGCAAGGAUGAAUUUUGAGGUACCCUUAGCUCUUUAUAAAUCCUAUGUAGCUAAAGCUUCAAAUAUA